AUUUUAAACACUGCUAUUUUGCCGUAUGCAUACGCGUCAUUAUAUCUUCUUAUUGAUGAUCAUUCGAAGCAUUCAUUCAACUCAUCAUUCCUUUCAAAACCAUCAUCUUUGUUCAAUAAAAAACUCAAAAUGGAUGAAGCUAUCUCACAAUUUAUCUCAAUCACAGGCUCAGAUGCCCAAAAGGCGAAAUUUUACGUAGAAUCAGCCAAUGGUGAUGUACAAGAAGCAGUUUCAACAUUCUUUGAAGCUGACGGAGGCGAAGAUGAUGUAACGACAACAGGAGAAAGUGCAAGUGCUGCUGCUCCAAGUGGACCUCGAACGCUAUCUGGCGCUCCUGCUCCUCCUCUACCGGAAGGAUGGGGAUCUGGUUCAGGUUCUAGCUCAGCAAGAGAAGGUGGCGCAAAGAGUUCAGGUGGAAAAAGUAGUGGUGGUGGAGGUGGUGGUGCAUCAUCACGCUUUGCAAGUUUGUCUGACUUUCGUUCAAGCGGACCAGGAAAUGGCGAAGAUGAUGAUGAUGACGAAGAAGAUGGUCCUCGUGAUGGUCGUGAUCCUGCUCACUUUUUCACAGGUGGUGAACGUAGUGGAUUGAGCGUGCAAAAUCCGGAUCAUGGUCGUCGUGGUGGCGCGCCUAAUGUUGUGCAGGAUAUCUUGCAACGUGCUCGUCAAAUGGCCGAAAGACAUUGGGGCGAAGGUGGACCAGCUCAAGGCGGCGCUAAAGCACCAAGCAGUUUUGCAGGUCAAGGUCGUACGUUGGGUGAAGCAUCUUCAGCAACAGCAGAAAGUGGCGCAAGUGAAGGUGGAGCAGCAGGAGGAAGCUCAAACAUGCCUGGAGGCUUUCAAUUAGCAGGAGAAGGAGCCAGGGACGAAGAAGAGAACAAUGAUGGUUCAGCAGUGGCCAAUAGGCGAAUCAUCUUUUGGACAGAUGGUUUCUCUCUGGAAGAUGGUCCUCUAUGCAGAUACGACGAUCCCGCUCAUGCACAUACGCUAGCUAUGAUCAAUCAAGGUGCUGCCCCUUUGAGUUUCUUGAACGUUCGUUUUGGCCAACGAGUCAAUUUGACUGUAGAGCAAAAGCAAGAGAAAUAUACGCCACCACCACCGCCGCCCAUGAAACCUUUUGGAGGAUCAGGAAAUCGUCUCGGUUCUCCUGCUACCUCCUUGGGCGCUUCUUCUUCGUCUGCAGCAGCUCCAACUUCACAAGCUGAACCUGCCACACCAUCCAAUUUCGAAGUAGACUCUUCCAAGCCUACUACGCAAUUGCAAAUCAGACUCGCUGAUGGUCAACGCAUGGUAGGAAGGUUCAACUUGACACACACGGUCAGAGACGUAAGAGGAUAUAUUAAUGCCGGUCAUCCUGGCAUGUCCAGUAGACCAUACGUCUUGCAAACAUCGUUCCCACCUAAGCCAGUCUCAGAUGAAAAUCAAACCUUACAAGAAGCCGGAUUGGCAAAUGCUGUCAUUAUCCAGAAAUGGAGUUGA